AUGGCUCCGCUUGAAGCAAAACAGAGCCUCCUCCGUACCAGUCUAGCCAUCGUCCGAGAUGAAGGUGUGCGUGGUCUAUACAGUGGUCUUUCGGCAGGCUUGACGCGAGCAUUGACUUAUGGUGCAGUACGUAUCGGUGUGUAUGAGGAGUUGAAGCAGCAGGCUGUGAAGAAUGGCUACGGAACAGCAUCAAACCUCCUAAUACCAUUCGCAUUCGCAUCAGGCUUUACCGGGGCCAUCUUGGGCACUCCAUCCGACAUAGCCAACAUUCGUAUGCAAAAUGACAAAUCACAACCCCUCCGACUUCGCCGCCAUUACCGGCAUGUCUUUCACGCUUGGGCGCAGAUGAAGAAACAGGAAGGCUGGAAAUCUUUCUCUCAGGGCAUGUCCGCAAACUGCUUCCGAUGUGGUAUCAUGACUGCCAGUCAGCUGGCGUGCUACGACUUCUUCAAGGGGAUCCUCGGAAACCAGAUGAACAGGCCCGAUAGUACCUCGACGCAUUUGACUGCAUCGAUUGGUGCCAGUCUAGUGGCGACGAGUGUGGCCAGUCCGAUGGAUGUGAUCAGAACGCAAAUGAUGGGAGUCAACUCAAAGCCUGGUGUUAGAGCUUCUGUAUGGGGGAUCCUGAAUCGUCUUGUGUCAACAGAAGGAUACCGAUGGCUCUUUCGUGGUUGGUCGUCAAGUUUCAUACGGUUGGGUCCACAGACGAUCGCCACAUUGGUGACCAUGGAGCAACAGAAGAAGCUGUAUAGAGCAUUCGUAUCUCAUCAAGACUAG